AUGCCUCGGGCUCAUAAGCGCAAGGGCCGUGCCCCUAAGAAAAGUCGCCAUACUGGACAGGACGCCCAGGCUCACAGGGCAGCUCAGGGAGGGACCGAAUUGGCAGAAGAGCCCUCCUCUUCUUCUCCUGUUCUUGAGGACAUUCCACGGAGCUCAUCUGCUGCUGUGUCAGGUACCCCUCCCCCAAGACCCAGCAGCCCUCCCUCCACCAGCACGACUUCUGGACGUGUUCCUGACACCAGACCUCAUGAGGGUGACGACAGCCAAGGCGAGGAAGAGCAACAGCCACCUUCCUCGGGGGUCACACCCUCCGCUGACAGAUCACACAGUGAUGCUUUAGCCACGAAGGUGGAUUUGUUGGAGCAGUUCCUGCUCUACAAGUAUAAAAUGAAACAGCCCAUCAUGAAGGCAGACAUGCUGAUGGUGGUUAACACCAAGUGCCCACACCUGUUUGCAGAAAUCCUCCAGGGAGCCUCUCGCAGCAUUGAGGCUCUCUUUGCGGUGGAAGUGAAGGAAAUCAACUCAACCUGUCAAUCCUAUGACCUCGUCAGCAAACUCAAACUGCCCAACAAUGGGAGGGUGCGCCCUGGCAGGGGCUUACCCAAGACCGGUCUGCUGAUGACUCUCCUGGGUGUGAUCUUCAUGAAGGGCAACCGGGCCACCGAGGAAGACGUCUGGAAAUUCCUGAACACCAUGCGGAUCUAUGCUGGGAGGAAGCACUUCAUCUACGGAGAGCCCAGGAAGCUCAUCACCAAGGAUUUAGUGAGGCUGCAGUACCUGGAGUACCGGAGGCUGCCUGACACUGAUCCUGCACGCUACGAAUUCCUGUGGGGUCCAAAAGCCCAUGCUGAAACCAGCAAAAUGAAAGUCCUGGAGUUUGUGGCCAAGGCCCGUGACACCGUGCCUACUGCCUUCCCAUCCCAGUAUGAAGAGGCUUUGCGAGAUCAGGAAGAGAGCCCGAGUCGGAACUGCUGCCACCCCAGGAGCUACUGCCAGAGCCAGACUCAGGUCAUGCACAUGUCCAGCUGCUUCCUCACUCCUACUCAAAUCCAAGGACAUUUGCUAUCCAGAAGAGAACCUAAGCCACCAUGACAGGAGCUGCCUUUAAAAUGGGGAAGAAUCUCACAGACCAAGGGUUGGGCUAAUGCAACAUUAAAAAAAAACUUACCCAUCUCGGUUUUCCUCAUUUCCU